AGAUUACCAAUCCCGUAACUUGGAAAUCCGUUGUGGUGUUAAGAAGAUGUCUGACCGUGAAAAAAAGUAUGUUCACUGUCUCAACUCUACUCUCUGUGCUACUGAAAGAGCUCUUUGUGGUAUUUUGGAAAACUGGCAACGUGAAGAUGGUUUGGAAAUCCCUCCUCCUUUAGUCCCUUACAUGGACGGCAAGACUUUUAUUCCUUACACAAAACCCAGACCUGCUGCUAAGAAAUAA